UCGAUUCUGAGCUUCCGUGAGCAGCAGGACAGUUGACCAGAAAUAAAGAAUUUAGUUAGUCGACUCGAAAAUGAUUUGCAAAGCCAUUGUUUUCGCAGUGGUCAUCACGGGCAUUGCUGCUCAGCCCUGGUACAAUGAGCUACUGCCGGCGAAUUGUCUUUUCGUCCGAAAACUUCUCCGAAAACAAAAUGAUCACAUCUGUGGCUACAACGCACGAGCAAAUUGCAUUCCCUCUCAAAACGCAAAUGAGCCCUACUGCAUCGACGCUCAAGGGAAUUGUGUCCUCGCCCGAAAACCGAGUUGGCCCUUCUACGCCCCCGCACGAAGAAAUCAAAUCAUCUGUCAAAACGGCAAUGAGCCCUACUACAUCGACCCACAAGGGAAUGUAGUCUUCGUUCGAAAAUCGGGUUUGCCCUACUGCAACCCAUCACAAGGACAUUCUGUUAUCUGUCCAAACGGGAAUGAGCCCUACUACAUCAACGCACAAGGAAAUUAUGUCGUCGUUCGAAAAUCGGGUUUGCCCUACUGCAACCCAUCACAAGGACAUUCUGUUAUCUGUCCAAACGGGAAUGAGCCCUACUACAUCAACGCACAAGGAAAUUAUGUCGUCGUUCGAAAAUCGGGUUUGCCCUACUGCAACCCAUCACAAGGACAUUCUGUUAUCUAUCAACAUGGGAAUGAGCACUACAUCGACGCACAAGGAAAUUAUGUCAUCGUUCGAAAAUCGGGUUUGCCCUACUGCAACCCAUCACAAGGACAUUCUGUUAUCUAUCAACAUGGGAAUGAGCACUACAUCGACGCACAAGGAAAUUAUGUCAUCGUUCGAAAAUCGGGUUUGCCCUACUGCAACCCAUCACAAGGACAUUCAGUUAUCUGUCAACAUGGAAAUGAGCCCUACUACAUCGACGCACAAGGGAAUUAUGUCAUCGUUCCAAAAUCGGGUUCGCCCUACUGCAACCCAUCACAAGGACAUUCUGUUAUCUGUCAACAUGGGAAUGAGCACUACAUCGACGCACAAGGAAAUUAUGUCAUCGUUCCAAAAUCGGGUUCGCCCUACUACAUCGACGGACAAGGGCACUGUGUUUACGUCCAAAAACCCUUCAACAAUGACGCAUCAGCACUAGCCAUACCAUCCUUCUGUUAUGAGUCUCCACUGCAGAGAAACGUUUACUCGCGGACGAGUGACCCCUGCUGGAAUUACGGCAACCAUCACCAGCCGACGGCAGAGCCCUUGCUAUACUAUUGCAGAUAAGCUGGACAACAGCUUUUAGGAUCUCUCCACGUACAAUGAUCCCUCUCCUAGUCAAACACAGUCUUCUACAGUGUCUGCAGCCAGUGCACAUGUGUGGAAGAUGACGAAAGCGCAGCUUGCGCCGCCAUAUCAAGCUCUGGGGAGAGAUCAGUCAGCUCGUCGCCUAGUGAAUCUAGGAGAAUAAUAUUUAUUUAUGUAGUUUCAUUCAUCACAUUUCAUGAUGUCAUGUGAAUUCUACAUGUUUCGUCGAAAAAUAAAGUCUUCUCUUGACAUUGACUUUA